CACUACGGAUCUACGACGCUAAAGUGACUUCGGUUCAAGCUACUAAGUAACUUAGACAUGGCACGUACAAAGCAAACUGCCCGCAAAUCGACCGGUGGUAAAGCUCCGCGGAAACAGCUGGCCACAAAAGCAGCAAGGAAAAGUGCCCCGGCCACAGGUGGAGUGAAGAAGCCUCAUCGUUACCGUCCUGGAACUGUUGCUCUUCGUGAAAUUCGUAGAUACCAGAAGAGCACGGAACUUCUAAUUCGCAAGCUUCCAUUCCAGCGGUUGGUACGUGAAAUUGCACAAGAUUUCAAGACUGAUCUUCGGUUCCAGAGUUCUGCAGUUAUGGCUCUUCAGGAAGCUAGCGAGGCUUACUUGGUUGGACUAUUUGAGGACACGAAUCUGUGCGCUAUUCACGCCAAACGUGUCACUAUCAUGCCCAAGGACAUACAGUUGGCACGUCGUAUUCGUGGCGAGCGAGCGUAAUUGAUUCACGAGACAUACGUCGAGAGAAAAACCAACCGGCCCUUAUCAGGGCCACCAA